AUGCCGCCUCGAGCGUCUCUGACUAGUUCUUUCUCUGUCACCGACGCCAAUAAUGAGGUCGUCUGUCCCCUGAAGAACAAUGACGGCUCCAAUUGUCGGAAAAGGUGCCUGGGUGAGAAGCGCUAUCGCUCCAUGCAGGAGCAUAUUCGCCGGGCCCAUCCGACUCACUACAUCCCGAAGCUCCCGGCCACCGAAGAGAGCUUUAUCUUGAUGGUCACCACCCCUCCGGAUCAACGGGCUCAUAUAUCUCCCCCAAACCAGACUCAAUCUCGACGACGCAAUGCGGACCGAGAUAUAUAUGUUGCUGAUGCCAGCUCACCGGCAACCCCACGGGGCAUCGAUGAAGCUCACCCGGCUGCUGCCACCGCUGCAGUCGCGUUAGCCCAAUUGCACCAUAAUCGAUUAGCCUCAGACUGGGAUACGGAUAUGGAAUCGCAUUCAGACAACGACAUUGGAAGAGAUCGCAUGCGAUCUUCGAUCGAGCUGCCCUCCCUUCGUGAUCACUUCAAACAAGAAUCGCUGCCCCACUUUUCCGCACGCCCGCGAGAGCUUUUGCCGUCAAUUCUCAACCAUUCUCCCCCUGGUCGUUCAUCAACGCUCCCUCCGAUUCAGAGAAGGGACAAAUUACCUCGGCCUCGCAAGGCGUCUAUCUCCGCCGCGAGAAAGCCUAAGCAUGAACGAGUUAAGUCGAAGGAAUAUGGCCGGCGUCCUAGCCUGGGCGAUCGGAAAGCGCUAUCCGCUGAGCCACAGACGGCAGCAUGGGCUCAAGGCAAACGCUGGGAAGAUCUGAUCGAAGCAGCUACUUCGGCUACGGAGGCGGACGAUGAUCGAAACUCAGAGGUGAGUUCGCUAUCAGAUGCAGAGGAAAGACGGGGCCACCCGUUGUCUCUUCGGGAACAGCUUUUAACUGUUCCGCCUCAGGUCGGUCGGUCCCCGACCCUUGCACCUCUGAUUUCGAACAUCACUUCUGCCCCGUCUGCUCCGGGGAAUCGGUCAUCACUCCCUCCUGCUUUCCAAUCGCUUGGCGGUUUACCACCACCCACGUCUCAUCGUCCCUUUCCCCCACAUGCUUUCGGCGCUUCGCCUUUGCACAAGUCCUUGACUCCCCCGCCGUAUGAAACAGCACGCAACCGCGACAGUGACCUCGAGCCUUUUCCAUCGAUCGAGUCUUCGCUGGAUUCGGCGUCUACGGCAUCAGGAAAGAACUUCGCGUUCUCGAAUCAUCUGGGCCCAAUGGGGAAGCCAGACUCCAGCCCGGGGUUGAACCUGUUUCCCCGUCAACACCAUCGCUUUUCGAACCCGACACCAGCUUCAUUUCGGCAUAGGGAGAUCCAGAUUUACUGCGCGAGCUGCCAUCGACCCUGGUCGCUAAACGAAUGCUAUGCCUGUACCGAGUGCAUUUGUGGGGUAUGCCGGGAGUGUAUACCUAUGUUCAUCAGCAGCCCGCCUUCAUCCUUCCGGAAUGUCACAUCGAGCCCGGGUAGUGCCAUGUCACACGGGCCAACGAGCUAUCCAGGUCCCCGAGGCUGUCCGCGGUGCCGCACUGCGAGGGGCAAAUGGAAAGCAUUCCAAUUGGAAUUUAAGUGA